AUGUCAGAAUAAACAAACUAGCUCAAGGAAGAGAUAGAAAUGAGAGCAUAACUCAUUUAGAAUAAUAAAAACAAUUUUCAUUAAGAAGAUCUAUAAAAUGAACCGAAUUCAUAGAAGAAUAUUGAAACUUCUCAACCUGCAGUUAAAGUUAAAACAAGCCCCUGGUUUUGGUUUUUCUCAGUGAGUGCAAGUCUGGUUUUUGCAGCUGGAAAUAUCCUUAGAGCAUUUCAUUCAAAUAAUGUCCUUCUCAAUACUCUAGUCGUAAAUAUAGCAUUCUUUAUUGGAAGUGUUUCUUACUUUUUAGUGGCUUAUAUAAAGGCACAUAUCAAUUAGGGUAUUUGUACUGCAAUAAUUGCAACCAAUACUAUCAUAAUGACUAUUGCAUCAUAUUUCCUAUUCAAAGAAUCAAUUUAGUUGGUUCAAUUGCUUGGUGUAAUAGCAAUGGUAGUAGCGGUAUUUUUUGUGAGUAUAUUUAGAGUUGAUCAGCCUCAUGAGCAAGGAUAGAUAAAUUCGCAUUCGCAUAUUUCAACAGAUUAGGAAGAUGAUGGGACUAUGAUGAACAUUGUUUUUAUGAUUAUUGGAGGUUUAGCUGCCUCUAUAAUGUUUGGAAGUCAGCUUUUAUUUUUCAGAAAGAUAACAUAAUACAAUACUGAAACAUUUGGAAUUGGGUUCGCAUUUUUACUGUAUUCAUCAUUUUGGGCUAUUUUAACCUUUAUCUAUAUGAUAAUCGCUGAUCCUGAUUAAUUUUUAGAAGUUGACUUUACUUAAUACAGUACAUGCUUUGUUACUGGAAUUCUUUUAACUAUUGCUAUUGUAUUCAUUAAUGUUUCUUGUAGCUAUGGUUUAAUUGGUAUAAGUACAGCGAUCCUGCAUAAUUAAGUCAUUGUUGUCACAAUAUUUAACUAUCUAUUCUUCAGUUAGGAUUUAAGCUUAGGAUAAGCAGUAGGAGUUGGUCUAUGUGUGAUAGGUGCAAUUUUGAUUUCAAAUGGUGAUAGAAUGACUUGCUUUAACAAGAAAAAAUGA